ACACAGGCCGCGUUGUCAGUCUGGCGCAGGGCAGCGAGUCUGUAUUGCCGAGUCGGCGCAGUUUUUCUCUGAAGUUGAAUUACCAUGAGGAGGAGGCUGACGCACUCGCAGCUGGUUUUUGUUUCUCAGCGUGGUGUUAGUUCUGCUUCUGCUGCGCAAAAUUGCGCGAACGGGGAGGUGAGAGCGAUUUUCUUGUGAGUGUUUCUGUUUGGAGAUACACUACGCACACAUCCCGGGAACUUUUACAAGACUUGUCAGUAUGCAGGCGGGUGUGGCUGGACAGAGAGGAGAUUGAGAUGGAAGAAGAACUCUUUGACCAGAAGUGGUUGCCAUAUUUGCACUAAAAAUCUUCACUACAUUUAGCUUUACAGAAGAGCAGCUUACCGGAACGAGGCAACACCUUAGCAAACCCCAAAUCAAGAUGCUCGGUCGCGUCCUCUCGACGGCUGCGAAGAAGACCAGCAGCUUCACCUCCGCCCAGACGCUGAGAAGCAACUUUUUCAACAUGCAGAAGCGCACCAUGGUACUCGGUGGCGGGAUAUGAACUGCAAAAGUAUCGCACUCGUAUAAAUGCAUGACAAAUUCCCUCAGCGUGAGAAAUAAAAUUUGUAAUGCGGAUUUACCUUGAGACAAAAAUUUGUAAUGCAUGACUGCAAUUAUACGAAUACGAUACUUCUGUACAGGAUACGGGAAGCCAACGGCGUUUCGACAGGACUCCUUGCUGGUCGCCUGUACCAUCGCGGCGUUGACAUAGUAUACGACGUUUUUCUUUCCUUGUCAUGGUUUUUCUGCAUGACAAAAUGCUUCUGCAAUUGAUAAUCUCGCAUGACAAAUCUCUAGUAUAAAAAACCCAUCAAUCACAGUUACGUUCCGCAGGAUCUGGUUUUCCUCACCCUCCUCGGCAUGUACAAACGCGCAGAGACGGGUUUGAUGGGCGGCAAGACCAAGUGCGCAAACCCCCACGCGGCUUUUGCUGAGUGGAAAUCUACGCGGGGCAGUCUCGUGAAAAACAGCACCUGCUACGGGUCGGGAAGCUGCUACUACGCGACCGUGUAGCUUCUGGAGAUAUUAAGAUUCUGUCGUAGUGAAGAUCAAAUUUUCCAUCUUGAACAAACACUUUUGUGUGGCAACGAAAAGACGUUGCGCCAUCAAACAUUUUUUAGAAAACCUGCUGCUCUGCUGAGGACGUACAAAUCAACUCAUCCUGCUCUCCUGCUUGCUGUCACCGAAAAGGUAAAUAAACUCAUCGUUAGUAGAAACCUGAAUCUUUCACUAUCUGGAAAAAGCACAUUUACUAACAUUUGAUAUUGUCCUGCGGAUAUCGCCACAGCUG